CGCCCGCCCCGCCCCGCCCCACCCGCCGGGGUGGCCCGAGGCAGCCGGGAUGCCAGCUCUCCCCCGGAACCCUGCUUCCUGCUGAGAAACAUGAUCAACAAAUCCCCUCCUCUGUGCAUGUGCCCUGCAGGCUGGAAGCUGCUGGCCAUGUUGGCAUUGGUCCUGGUCAUCAUGGUGUGGUACUCCAUCUCCCGAGAGGACAGUUUCUAUAUUCCCAUCCCAGACAAGGAGGAGCCCUGCCUGCAGGGGGAGGCAGAGAAGAAGGCCGCCAAGCUCUUUGGCAACCGCUCCCGAGAUCAGCCUGUCUUCCUGCAGCUUAAGGAUUACUUCUGGGUCAAGACGCCCUCUGUCUACGAGCUGCCCUACGGGACCAAGGGGAGUGAAGACGUGCUGCUCCGGGUUCUGGCCAUCACCAGCUCCUCCAUCCCCGAGAGCAUCCUGAGCCUCCAGUGCCGCCGCUGCGUGGUGGUGGGCAAUGGGCACCGACUGCGCAACAGCUCGCUGGGCGAAGCCAUCGACAAGUACGACAUGGUCAUCAGGCUGAACAACGCCCCGGUGGCCGGCUACGAGGGCGACGUGGGCUCCAAGACCACCAUGCGCCUCUUCUACCCGGAAUCCGCCCACUUCAACCCCAAGGUGGAGAACAACCCCGACACGCUCCUUGUCCUGGUAGCCUUCAAGGCAAUGGACUUCCACUGGAUUGAGAGCAUCCUGAGCGAUAAGAAGCGGGUGCGAAAGGGCUUCUGGAAACAGCCUCCCCUCAUCUGGGACGUCAACCCCAAGCAGAUUCGGAUUCUGAACCCAUUCUUCAUGGAGAUUGCGGCUGACAAGCUGCUGAGCCUGCCCAUGCCACAGCCGCGCAAGGUUAAGCAGAAGCCCACCACAGGCCUGCUGGCCAUCACCCUGGCCCUCCACCUCUGCGACGUGGUGCACAUUGCUGGCUUUGGCUACCCAGACCCCCACAACAGGAAGCAGACCAUUCACUACUAUGAGCAGAUCACGCUCAAAUCUAUGGCGGGGUCAGGCCACAACGUCUCCCAAGAGGCCCUGGCCAUCAAACGGAUGCUGGAAAUCGGAGCCGUCAAGAACCUCACUUACUUCUGACGUGGGCAGGAGCUGGACCCGUCGUCAGUCUGCCCACUCCGCUGCCGGAGCGACCCCCAGCCGUGGCGGUGGGGGUGCCGGGUGCCCGCGGGACCAGCCUGGUCUCCCCCUCGCCCGCGUGGGGAGGGGUCCCGGGG